AUGGAACAGUCCCCCAACCCCGCCUCAGCCCCUCGGGCGACAGUGGCCGAGGGGUCACGGCUGCCGCGCGCCCUCCGCCGCCCCGCGCGCUCACUCGCUCGCUGCCCGCUCUGCUUCGCUCCCUCCCGCGCCGGGCCCGUCCCGCUCCGGCCGCCGCGGCCCCUUUUGUCUCCAGAACCGGAAGGACCCGCCCCGCCCCCUCCCCUCAAACCCGCGCCGCCCCCGACCCCGGCGUCCCCGCCUCCGCCCCGCGCCCCAGCACCGGCUUCGCGGCUCCUGUCGCUGCACGGUCGCCUCGCCCCGCGGGUGCCCCCAACUUCUGAGCCCAGGGUCUCCCAGACCCAGGCCUCCGUCCCGCCCUGGCACUCCCUGCCUCGGCCCAAUCUCGGACUCUCUUGCCCUAGCUUUCCGCCCCCGCCCUCUAGCCCCUGCCCGGGCUGGGCCUAUCCCCUUCCCCCGCUGGUCGCCCGCUGCCCUGCCCGCUUUCAGGUUGCCGCUUCCUUUAGCGGGCCUGAAGCCUUAGAUGGGGACCAGGAUGGACACGGAACCCCGGGUGUCACAUGCCCCGGUGGCCAGCAGGGUGCCGGCCGUCCGGAGUCAGCGGGCGGUCCCCGUGCGCGAGGCCCCGGGGCUCGGUGUAACCCGUCGGGGCCCCCGCUCUGCUUCCCGCCGCUCCUCGGCACCCCACUUGCGGGAAGGAGCCCGGCCACGCCUUCUUGGAUAGUCUCACCCCGUGGGCAGGAGGGGGCUCUGUGUUGGGGAGGCCGGUGCCCGGAACCCCAGAGAGAGCGCACAGGUUCGGAGCGCAGAGGACGUAAGCGCCUUCCGCCGAGCGCCGGUUUGAGGGGGCGGAAGGGGGACUCGAGAGAAGGAGGAGCCCGCAUGCCGCAGGGUUUGGUAAAACUUGGAGCUGACAAGUCAUCUGAGAAGUUCCAGACCCAGCCCCGGCGGCGAAUUGGGAAGCGGGAAGCAGGAGGAAAUCAGCUCCGCCCAGACAAGCCAGGCAGUCGGGCAGAGGUCAGCAACCGGGCAGGCCCACCUCUAGGCGGGUACCAGGAUCUCCAGGAAAGGGUCUGGGUUCAAGUGUCUAAUCCCCCACCCUGA